CACAGGCAGCUCAUCGUAAAAUGGCGGAUAAAUGGAACGGUCAUUUCACCUGGUCACAUUAGAGUUAAAAGAAUAUGGAUGAUCAAAUUUUGUUAAAAUCUUGUAAAUUUGUUAUGUUAACACUUUUACCAUAGUGGAAUUUACGAAGUAUCACAGAAAUAUGCCAGGACCUGGAAAACAAGCAGUUUUUGUGAACCCAUUCAAGCCAGAGAACAGAAAUAUUGGAAGGCGAACAGGGAGAGAUGUCAGAGCAGGGAAGAAUAUCAGAAUAUUCCACGAUGGCAUUGAGAACUUUGAUGACUACUGGUCUGAUUCAGAUGCAUCUACAUUAGAUUCUGAUGACAAAUGGCUGAAGGAAAAAGAAAAUGAAAAAAGAAUCAAAGGCAAGGCGUUUGCCAAAAAUCCAGAUUUGUCAAAAGUUGUGAAGCCUGCAUUUCAGAUUGAUUCCUCUCUAAAGUCCAUUUCCCCAUUUUCACCGGACGUUAAUUCUGGCGUAAGAAAAACAUUAGAAUCUACCAAAAGGAGAGACAAGACGAGUGAUCAUGGGACCCUCACAAAGAGCAGGACCUCUGUGGCAGUGGCCAUUACUCCUCAGCAGAGGUAUGGGAGGUCCACCUCAGGUAUAGACCAGGCUGGGGAUGUGUCUGGGUCUAUUACUAAAGAUAAAUCAUCAGGACCUGUACCCAACUCCCCGUUACAGAGUUUUCAGACAAGAAAAAG